GGGAUGGGGAGGUGUUCCAAGGCAGGGGCUCCUAGCUCAAGCUCAACCUUCCAAUUUGUAGCCUGCAGAGCGGACCCGAGUGGGCCGGUUUCUCGACUUCCUCCUGUAUCUCCUUCCUCUUCCUCCGGUGGAGGCAGAUCCCUCAUUCCCUUCCUCUUCCCAUGCUCCCUGCACCCCCGCGUCCCCUCCUCCAGGAAGUGCACUGCCCAGGGUCGCCCACCUCGAGCGGGCGCUGGCCGCCGCGCCCCCUCCCCGCCCGGCUACUGCAGCGGCCCCGCGGGCACACGCCUCCCCAUACCUUACAUGGACAAAUGCGUGCAGGCAAAGUCAGGAAUUCAGGCCCCUGACGUCAGCCUCCAGCGCUCAGGGCACCGCACGGGAGACCGCGGGAAGGGGGGUGGGGAGGAAGGAGGGGGAGAGCACCAACCAGCAGCCGCUCCCGGCCUGCCGAAGUUUCACUUUUUGUCUGUGGGUUCGCUCCCGGGCCCCGCUCCCAGCUUUCCCGGGAUAAGUAGCGUUAGCGGCGGGAAGAGCCGGCCGCUGCAAGGAACGAAGAGAAUAGGACAACUAGGGUGUUGGAAGAGGCCAGAAAAGCCAGACAGGAGACUUGGCUCUCUGAGCUGCUUGAGACCCCUCUUCAGGGUGGUCUCCAGCAGGAAGGCUGAAAGCCUGGGCAUUUACGCUCCAGCUAGUGCCUUUUCUCAAGGUCAGGAUGUUCCUGCCCCUAAUGUCAAAGCUGCAUACAGCAUCCUUUUCUACGUUGGCCCAAAGAAACCCAAAGGCCCAUUUGGUUUCCUGGCCCAGAUCCUGAAAGACUAUUUGGCUGUCCCCAGCUUUGUAACAUGA